UCAACAUUUUGCUCGCUUCUCUUUUCGUCGACGGUCGACGACGAAGACGACGGGACGGACGGAGUUUUUGCACUACUAGAGUCAAGUACACAGCUCGCUCGGACACUAGGUAGAGGCUUCUCCGGAUUAGGAGCACCAGCGCAGCAUUCCAGCUGGUUCCGUUGUGUCGAAACAGUGAAAAAUCCGAUCGUGGAGUGUGUUUUCCAGCAGCAGGCGGACGUCCCACAGCCCCCAGCGCGUCGUGUGUGCGUGGAAAAGGUGGAAAAUCGCUUCCGAAAAAAGAGGUGUAGUGCGUGUGUGAUGUAGGGUAGUGGCGAAGAAAAAAAAGUGUGUUGAGGAUUUUCCUCCUGGCUGGUUGGCUGGUGUUCUGCUAUUUUGCAGCCCUUUUUGUGUGCGCGGAGGUCAGUCAGUGCGAGGGUGGGUGAUAAAGGCGAAUCAGGGUGGAAAAAGAAGGAAGAAGCACACAAUUGCAAGGAGUCGCGGCUGCAAGUGAAGAGUUUUCGGAUUCGGCCACGAAAAAACGCGAUUUUCGGAAGUGCCCUGCUGAGGAAGAUUUUCUUUUCCCUUGUGUGGUGUAGCAGCAUUCCAGAAAAGGAAGAAACAAGUCGACCAUUCGAUUCAGCUCGGAUAAUGGCGUGAUAGUGGCGGAGAGUGUUUCUCGAGUUGUGUGUUGCCCCCUUUUGAAAAUGGAGUAGAAGCAGGAGCUAAAAUUAAUCGAAAUUGCAGACGGCGGCGUGAGGUGAGGUGUGUGCGAUCCGAAGACGACGGAGGAGUGUUUGAAACAGCUAGGAAGGUUACUCCGAUGGAGGGUAACCUGUGCUAGCUCCCCGACGAAGAAGAAUCAAAAGAUCAAAAUAACGAAGAAAACGACGUCGACGACGACGAUAAAAAAGCGAAUAAUCAUUACACUAGUUGGGUGGGUGAAGGAAGAAGCGUGUGAAGCAGAAAGAAGAAGCUCCGAAAGCAACAGAGCAAAGUCAUCCGUGACUCCUCCCCCAUUCCGAUCUGUCAGGUGGUGAAAAUUUGCUUGCAAACAACAAGAGUGUGGUGAAACGCGGUCGGAAUCGAACGGGACACAGCCAGCUGUUUGUUCCCGUAGUUCCAGCAACGACGACGACGACGACGACGGGACGAUGCCGAAAUGUGAUGUCAAAACCAGAUACAUCCCAGCGACCUUCGCCUGGACGCUGCUGUUGGGCACGACGUUCCUGUUUUUCUACUAUCCAUGUCGCCAGUUCUACGUGCAGCGACACCCAUGGGUGCCAGCGUACCAGGCCGUCAUCACGUUCUUCGUCAUCGCCAACUUUACGAUGGCCACCUUCAUGGAUCCCGGUGUUAUACCGAAAGCCCCACCUGACGAAGACCGCGAGGACGAGUUCCGGGCUCCGCUGUACAAAAAUGCCGAAAUCAAUGGCAUCACGGUGCGGAUGAAAUGGUGCGUGACGUGUAAGUUCUACCGGCCGCCACGGUGUUCGCACUGUUCCGUCUGCAAUCAUUGCAUCGAGACAUUCGAUCACCACUGUCCGUGGGUGAACAACUGCAUCGGCCGGCGGAACUACCGGUUCUUCUUCUUCUUCCUGAUCUCGCUGUCGAUCCACAUGCUGAGCAUCUUCUCGCUCUCGUUGAUCUACGUCCUCCAGAAGGAGAAGGACAAACUGACGGAGGUUGAACCGAUUGUGGCAAUGGUCCUGAUGGCGAUCGUCACCCUGCUGGCGAUACCGAUCUUCGGCCUGACCGGGUUCCACAUGGUGCUGGUGUCGCGGGGGCGAACCACCAACGAGCAGGUCACCGGCAAGUUCAAGGGUGGCUACAAUCCGUUUUCGCGCGGCUGUUGGAACAACUGCUGCUACACCCAGUGCGGUCCACAGUAUCCGAGCUUACUGAAACCGCAAAAGUACGUCGCCCGGCGAUCGAACAAGGAAAACCAAUCGAUCAGCACGAUCACGAACGAUGGCGGCCCGGGAGGUGGUGGUGGCGGUGCUGGAGGCGGAAACUCCAGCCGCCAUCUGAACUCCCAGCAGCAGGCCCUGAAUGCGGCCGGAGCCGGUGGUGCCGGUGGCCAGGGCAUCUACGAUAACAGUCGCCACACGCAGGUAAAAACCUAUAUGGACCAUGGCAAUGGUCACGGUAUUCGUACGGUCGGAUCCAGCCACUACAGUAAGCUUUCGCCGGGACGGGAAUGUUCCGACAUCGACAUGGAACCGCAGGCAUCGCAGAGUCGGGAUUGCGAACCGACUCCUCCGUUGCAGCGGCAUGGUUCCAAGAGCAACUUCUUUCUACCACCAAUUGAUGGUAACGGAGGCCUGAACCUGAACGGAGGCCCUGGCCAAAUGGUCCAGGGCGGAAACGGCGGUGGCGAUUCACCGCGGCACAUACGAAUGUACCACCCACGGCACAGUCCCCAUCCUCGCCAGCGGGGUCUAGAUCCGUCACGGAGUUUCACUCCGGAAGGUCUUUCGCCGGAUCAACCGCCACCGCUGAUCACAAUCCAGCAACAGCAGCAGCAACUGCAACAACAACAGCAACAGCAAAACCAGCAAGGCAUUCCGCGGGGAGCCUCGGCGACACCCACGAUGCAGCAAAGAAUCAAGGCACUCGGCGUAGCGACACCGCUGGCAAUGUCUAGUCCCGUGAGAAGGUCCAACCCGGGCACGCCAACCCAACCGCGACGACCGGACUUCAUCGGUGUGAAUAUGGUCGGCCAACAGCAGCAGCAGCAACAGCCUGGUGCCAUCUACUACGAUUUCCCUCUGCAACAGCAGCAGCAGCAACAAACACAGCUCCAUCAAACGGGUCUUCCCCCGGUGCAUCCCUAUCACCAACAGCAGCAGCAGCAACAGUCCCAGUACCCGAUGGUCCACCACAACGGUGGUCUACCUCAACAGCAGCAACCGCAAGCGCAGCAACGAACCGCCCCAAACGUGGUCUAUCAUCACGGAAGUCCCCAGCGGCGGUAUCUCUCGGAAGGUGAGCUGGCUCGCCAGGGAGCAGAGCUGUCCUACGCGAGGAGUAACCAAACCGUGGACAAUAUACGAGAGCUAGCCGGAAGUCCCCAGCGGGGGGUCUACAUGUGGAAAGACAUCUCGCCGGGAUUCAGCAACGAAGCCGGCAGUAAUCCCCAACAGCAACAACCCCAACAAUCGCCGGGAGUGUUUGUGAGCAUGGCCGCUUCGGUGUAUCAGAACACUCCCAGUCCAACGGCACCCCAGCAGCAGCAGCAACAACCCCAGUACGGCGGAGUCAGUGCCGCCCGGUACCAGCUCCAGCAGCAACAACAGCAAGCCACCAUGAACAGCUACCAUCCGGCAUUACGGGGUGGCGUUCCGGUGUUCCCUCCGCAACCGCUUCCGCCAUCGGCGGCGGCGGUCAGCCUCGCCAACAGCAACAAUCAGCAACCGCAGCAACAAUCCGCACAACAGGUUAUGGGCGGCCCACAGGCGCCGUCGCCGCAGAUCAAGCGGAAAGCCACGCCCACCCGGCCGAUGUCGUUCGUGAGGGCGCUGGAGAUGACCGACUCGAUGGAGCUGAACUCGACGGAUGGUGGUGGCGGUGGGGGUAACGGUGGUAGUAGUAACGGCACCGGUGGAGGUGUGCAAUCAGCGGGUGGCAGGGCGACGACCCCAACGCCUCCGGAUCGGGGCAGCGUGUACGACAUGAACUAUGAGAUUUCCGUCUAACGACGCGGCGGCAACAGUGAGGGCGGCACGGUUAGAACGGGAGACGGUGGGAGUUGGGCGUUUUAGGUUUUCUUUUUAUUUUUAGUUUGUAUGAUGAAAGUCGAGGCGAUUGUGUAAAUUCGGGGAAUUCCAGAAUGUAAUGCGCUGUUGUUACUAGAAGGUGAGCAAUGUUUCCCACUUUGAAUUUGGUAGCUGUUCUGUUUUUUUGUUGAUUGUUUUAAAGGUGGGUUUUCGUUCUUAAUUGUUAUAACGCAGCUACAAUCUUCCUUUGUACAGAUGAGUAACGUGCUCUUUUCGAAUGUUAGUGUUUAAAUUAUAGCGAUAUGUGGUAAGUGGGAACGAGAACGGAUUGUGCAUCGUUUAAAAUAGAUUUUUUUUUCAAAUUUAUUUAAAGAAAUUGCGGGUUCUAAUACAUUGUGGAUAUUUUACCCAUUCCAACCAAUAUUAUUUGACGACACGUAACCAAACGAUGGCCUGAAAGCACCUGAGUCAGGUGGAAUGUUAUUUCCCCAUGGUGCCUGUAAACCCAAUUAUAUAUUUACCCUCGAGAUAAACCUAUGGAUCCAGCUUCCUUUGGUGGAAGCUGUCCCACGCGUGCAGCUAUUUGACUAUAGAGGCCAUCCUGGCAGUCCUGCUUAUGCCUCUUGUGCCGCGCAUUUCGAAGCACUCUAAGUCCUCCCGGAUAGGGAAGGAUAACAAUAGGCACCAUACCAAUGAUGACGCAGAGCGAAUAGUGAGACAUCGUGCGGUACGCGCUCGCAACCCGCAGGCGCGUCAGCCUAUAAGUACAGCUUCCGCUCGAUAACUGAGCUUUGUCGACAGUCCAGUAAGCGAGCGCCGCUCGAUAACUGGACUGAGCUUCCGGAGCCGGAGGCUAUUGUUAUAUUUUGUUUUGUUUACCGAUUUGUAAAAUGUGGGGUUAUAUUUCGCUUAUUUUUGACAGAUAACUGCUUUUUAACUCGACUUUGCCCCAGUUAUUGAGCGCCCAGUUAGCACCUUCCCCGCCGUAUCGAUCAAGCAUAUUGGUUUCUCCCAUAUUGACUCAUUGCCAGCCCUAGUCCCCGACUGUCCUACGAAAGGAGGCCAAGUACUAGAAUCAUAAAGCGAAGAAAGUCCCUCGAUUAUUCCCUCCAACAUCUGUAGAAGCCAGUACACCUCUCGUGUUGGCCAUCACGAUUCUGUAGGCAUCAUCCAACGGAUUCGCAUUGACACUCUGACAGAGACCCUCAAAGCAGGCCUUUUUGCUUGCCCUUAUCUCGGGCUUCAGCGCGCCUUUAGCAGCGGCGAACGUCACUCGCCAGCCGUUUCGCUCAUCCUCAGUUCGUGCUCACUGCAUCCGCCGCCUAGCCCGUAGGCAGGCGCGGUGCGGGUCCGCAAUCCAUCAGUAGGCCGGGAGUCUUCCAUUUUCAGGGUGGACUUGUCUAGGCAUGGUCGCAUCGUACGCACGCGAGAGCACCGCUACCAGCUCAUUGACCGCUUGAACCCCUUCUUCGAAGUAUGAUGUCUUCCACCUGCGAGGGCUUGGCCUAUCCGCCUCUUCCUACCCGCUGCCUGCUGUUGUAAAUGAUCACUGUGAGUGUAGCCAUCGUCUACUCUUCAGUUCGAAUUACUUGUUAGGCCAGGACUACAAAAAGUAACGUCAAUAAUAAUCGAUUCCGCACCGUUCCAACUAUAGGAACUCUUGGUACCGACAUUAGCCAGGUCGACAUCUAGCUUGGCAGGUGUCUAGCAGGAUCUGACCCCGCUGUUCUGUAAUGACAAAUCUGUUCCAUGUUUCUUUAGCCGUUGCAACAUUUCUGAACAAGGCUGUAGUUAGUCGGAUGGCUGUAGAUUCUUGCUGCUCCAACUGACGAGCGUUAUGAAACCUUGUAUCCACGCGUUUCGAACGCCGUUCACUGAAAUUGGAUUCCAGUUGCUUGACGGCACUCCGGUUGUCUUCAUGAACUGUAGCGGAUAGCUGGGUCUUGAUUCCCAGAUCAUCGAAAAGGCGUAGAAUCCAGGAUAAUUCCUUGCAGCUCUCCGUUACCGCAACGUAUUCGGUUUCCGAACUACCUAAGCUCACACAAUCUUGCUUCCUGGAACACCAUCCGAUCAUACCACCUGCGUACCGGAUCAGAUAGCCCGUGGUCGAUUUCCGAGUCAGCAUCUACGAAUACCUCCAGUUGAGAGGAGUUUGCUCCAAGGAUCAAUUCGUGAUCAAUAGUACCUUUCAAGUACCUACCGCAGGAUACGCUUGGCCUCCACCCAAUCACCCUGUGAUGGGCAACUAGUUUUUUCGACCAAGAAUUCAAACUGUUGCUGCAACAGGCGAGUGCACAUGACCACGUACAACAAUCCACAAAUUAAGCUGGCAAACUGGUGGUUAUUGGACAGCGGCGUCUCCUUCUUUGAAUGUAGGUGGCCAGGAACCAACGGAAUGCUGGACGAUUCCGCAUCUUUCUGACCAAACCUGGCCAAUAGCUUCCGGUAGCUCUUCUGGUUCAGCGCAACAUGUUCCUCUGACCGCGUGACUUGAAUACCGAGGAAGAACUUGAUGUCCCCGAGAGAUGUCUGUCACCGUGAAAUGUCAGUUCAGCUGCUUGAUGAUGUUCUCGUAUACACGUUCAGUCUCACACACUAUAACGAAAUCAUCAACGUAGACAGCAAUGUAGGCCAGCUUACCUUUGUUUUUCCAGACGUAGAGACAACUGUCGUUCUUCGAUGGCUCGAAACCCAUGUGCUUGACUACGUCGUCCAAUUUGUGGUUCCAGAUACGAGCGGCUUGCUUUUGCCCGUACAACGCCUUUCUCAGCCGACACACUAGGCUUUCUUCAUGAGCUGUGUAUCCAGGAGGCAGCCGGAUGUAAACAGUUUCUUCCAGGUCUCCGUUCAGAUAAGCUGCCUUGACAUCAACAUGCUUGAUCAGAAGAUUUCGUCGGCUUGCAACGGAGAAGAGUCCGCAACGUCACUUGUUUCACCACUGGGGCAAAAAUUUCGUCACUGCACUGAACACACAAUUUUCUUCAGGCGACACCGCCUUCCUCGCUUUUUUCCGUAAGCAACGUGUACACUGGCAAACAUCAAAGCGAUCGAACACUAGCACCUCUGGUGGAAGGAUCGCAUAAAUCAAAUAAAAUUUGAAUUAAUCGUUAAAUGCAUGUGCCAAACCGUUUUGAAGAGUGUUACGCUGUUUGUAUGUGGUCUAGUAGGAGCUGUUUUGUUAGUGGUGACUCCUAUUCGAUUUGUUCAAGUUUUCACAUCUUCCGGGAAAUCUCCCGGAGCUGGAAUAGAGUGCAGUAAAGGCAGCCCCAGUGACAAGUAAUUGAUUCCAGAAAACCGAGUUUGGUAGUUGUAUGGUGCUUGAUUUGCAGCCGUGUUUGGCCGAUAUGUAUGGCCAUCGAAAGUUGUUUUGGGUAUAAUACACAAAAAAAGGGUAUCAAACUAUUUAUACUCCUGAAGGAACCCCACGAGAACUUCCAGCAGGAAAUCCAGUAAGAAUCCCAGUAGGAACUCUUGAAGAAAUUUCUGUAGAAAUCCCAAGAAAAACCCCAGAUGAAAUUUCAGGAGAACCUUUUGGAGGAAUCCCAACAGGACCACCUGGGGGAAUCACAGGAGGACCUCCUAGAGGAAUAUCAGGAGGCAUCCCUGAAGGAACAUCUGGAGGAACCCUAGGAGAAACACCUGAAGCAACCCCAGGAGGAACUCGUGGAGGAACCUUAGGAGGAACUUCUGGAGAAAUCCCUGAUAGAACUUCUGCAGAAACCCUAGGAGAAACUCCUAGAGGAAUGUCAGAAGGAACUUCUGGAGGAAUCCCAGGAGGACCUCCUAGAGGAAUCUCAGGAGGAACUUCUAGAGGAAUCCCUGGUAGAACUUCUGGAAAAUCCUAGGAGAAACACCUGGAGGAAUACCAAGAGGAAUCACGAGAGGACCUCCAAGAGUAACUUCUGGAGGAAUCCCUGGAGGAGCCAUAGGAGAAACUCCUGGAGGAAUCACAGGAGGACUUCCUACUAGAGAAAUCUCAGGAGGAGCUUCUAGAAGAAUCUCUGGUAGAACUUCUCGAAAAUCCUAGGAGAAACUCCUGGAGGAACCCCAUGAGGAACUCCUGGAGGAAUCACAGGAGGAUCUCCUAGAGGAACUUCUGGAGGAAUUCCUGGAGGAACCCUAGGAGAAACUCCUGGAGGAACCUCAGGAGGAAUCACAGGAGGACCUCCUAGAGGAAUCUCAGGAGGAACUUCUGGAAAAAUCCCUGGUGAAACUUCUAGAGGAACCCUAGGAGAAACUCUUGGAGGAACCCCAGGAGGAACUCCUGCAGGAAUUAGCUAGGUCGACAUCUAGCAUGACCAGUGUAUCUAGCAGGAUCUGACCCCGCUAGUAUCCGCUGUUCUGUAAUGCAGAAUCUGUCCCAUGCAUCUUUAGCCGUUGCAACAUUUCUGAAUAAGGCUGUAGUUCGUCGGUUUUCCGUCUUGAUGACCGCCCACGUACCUUCUCGGAUCAUGACCAUUUUAAGUGUAGAGAUUCGGGAAAUGCAGCUUUUCUGCCCUCGCACCCGAUCCGCUAAUGAUAACAUUAGCGGAUCUUUCUCUGAUAGGAUUCUUGAAUUAGUCGUCAACGGUGCUAGUCCAGCCGAAUCCAAUUCUGAAUCCGCUUGCUAGCUUCCUGCUGAUGCUGUUCCGGACGGUCAUCCGGCGCCUGGAAGUGCUUCUGAGCCGCUGUCGUUCAUUCUUCGAAUUGGAAUGACAUUUUCAAGUCUACGAAAUCUUGAAAUUUCCAAUAGAUCAUUGAAGCCGACUUUUACGCUACUCACCGCAUCAAAACAAAAGCGCCGCCGGAUAUGGACGGUAACACAGUGACAGCAGUCGAGUAACGCAAACACACAAGGCUACGGUGGCGCUAUCUGUUCAUUUUAUAGCGGCCGUUUUAGUUAUUUUAGUGAUCCAUUUGCUUAUACUGUUCAUCCGUUGCCAGUGAAUCAAAAUUCAACCAUCGCGCAACAAUAAUGACAAUGUCGCAACCUGUAUUUGUCGCGACAAUCCACCCAAUGCGACAUAAGAUUGUCCCAACUUAAAAAUAAUAGGAUAAACAUCGUACACCACGAGAUUAGAGAUUUUCAAGCCUUGCAUUGCGAUUUUCGAAGGGUAACUUCGAGUCGGUAAACACUACAACCACGACUACAACUCUGUUGAAGAUCUAUCAUCAAAUAGUUUCGACUUCGGGUUAGUAAUAAUUAAUUAUUCACGAGUUGAAAAGUACGCAACAAAUUCAGCUUCCGUUUUGUCUGCAACAAAAAAUUUCAAGGUCAUGUCAUUAUCUGUUACCAGUAGGGAUACGUCGUGCCUUCUUUGUUGCUUGUUUUGUGCCUCUUUUGCCUGACAAUUCUCUUCACUGUCCGUUGCUAAAGAAAUACAGGCCCAUAACCUGAAGGAAAACACGUGCGGUUGCAACAGAAUGACAAAUUAGAAUGUUUUUAUUUUAUUUAUAUCGAUGUUUCACUUAACACCUUGUGAUUAAGGUGGCAAUGACAACUGCUAUAAAAUCGAAUACUUAAAACUACUUAAACUACUUAAAUAACAAAAAAGAAAGCAAGAUGCAAUAUACAAAUGACAUUGAUGAUAUACCACAACAGUUCAGAUAAAAGCUAGACGGCUGGAACGAAGUAAUUUCUCUCAAAGUCUCAAGUAACAUUUUCUAGUCAAAUAUAUGGUAAGUGGGGGCAGGAUGGGUCACCUAAGAAAUGGAUCCCUAUAACUUUCUGAAUAUAAAUCGCAUUUCUCUGUAUUCUACCACGACUCUCAGAUACACUAGUCAGCUAUGAUAUAAGAGUAUAAAAAGGUAAUAAAGUUUGAUACCUGCUUCUUGACAAACAAUUUUCAAAACAUGACCCAUCUUGCCCCACCUCAGUUUAACGGGGGCAAGAUGGGUCAGCUAUAAGAAAACUCGAUUUUCCUCCAACAAAAAAUACUAUAUCUUCUAGUUUUUCUCUAUACAUCUAAGCUUCAUAGACGUACAGAUUACAUGAAGAAAGUGUUGAAACAUAUCGGUAGAUUAUUCUCAGAACUAGCAGAUUUUUGUUCGGGUAGCCAUAAACGGACUUUCAAAACCUAUAUUUUUUGAAGGAAAAUUUAAAAAAUAUGUUCUCAAAUUUUCAGUGCUCUCAUCGCUUCGAUAAUGUAGGUCACAGAAUAGCCUUUCCAUGAAAAAUAAAACAUUUUCAAAAACUAUGCAAACACACUGAAAAAUUAGGGUGACCCAUCUUGCCCCGUCUACACAAUACACGUAGUUAUAUGGAAUGUAUAGCAUAAGAAGUAUAACGAAAAAAUAUUUUGUUUUUUUUUCUGUGCGAGGAACGUAUAAAAUUUUCAAAACAAUAUACCAUUUUUUUGUGUAUCCCCGUCGUUUAUCUGGGAAAAUUAUUGAAACAUUCAAAACAUAUAUUGUGCGAUUGAAAACGGUACUGACCCAUCUUGCCCCCUGACCCAUCUUGCCCCCACAUACCAUACUAGAAAAGGUUCUUGGAAAUAUGAUAAAACCAAAAUAAAAAGUAUUAGAAUUUAAGAUGGUUUUCAAAACCACUACAAGACUGAUUGGUCAUCAAAAUGUUACUUGGAUCUAUGGCACUCGCAAACCAACGGAAUGAGAAAAUAGCAAUAUGAUCAACGAUAACUGCAUGGUUGCAAGUAGAGACAGGGGCAGGCUUAGUCUUUUGCAGUCUUUGCCUUUCCAUGAUUAAAAGCCAUGUAGUAGUUCAACAUUUCAAAGCGUCAAAUUUUCUCCGAUCAGUGAUUUUCAGUUACACGUGUUUUAUUAGUGUUCAAUCCGUUCUGCGAAUCCUACUCAUCACAUUGCUGGCCUAUAUAUUCCGCCCUUUUGGUUGGUAAGUUUGCUAGUUUGUAGUUCAACACCUAUCACACUGGGCCAGGAACAGACAUUAGCAAGACAAAACCUCUAGCACACUGGGGAUACGUCCAAUCAAGUUGGUGUCUUCGGCAAAGUUGUUGGGUUUUAUCUGCGCCUCAAAUUGCGCUUGGAAUUUAGUUCGUAAAACCGCCGCAUAGGUGGCGCUGCGGUGCUAACUUCUUUAUUUCACAUCCUAGAGUUUUGGGGUCUUCGGCAAAGUUGUAGAACAGGCAAAAAUAUGAAAAGUUGUCGAAGACACCAAAACUCUAGCUCUUGAAAUAACAAAGUUACAUUAAAUAUUAUAAACGAACGACUUAAAUUUGCGCUUUUAUGUCAUUCUCUUGUUUAUCACCCUACAUGUUGCUAUGACAACAGAAAACAAUAAUCGCAGUUGUCGAACAAGAUCGUAGAUUUGAAUUUGUAUUUCACUCUUGCAACAAUCAUGCGUUUUGAGCUAGGUUUUGAGCAAUAAUACAUACAUUUGACUAGGUAUUACUAGUAGAAAUUUCUGUUUUAUUGUAUAUGAGUGAUAUACCGUAAUCUGCACCUGAUUUUUCCUGAAUGAAACGUAAGUUCCGUAGGUGAAUAAUUACACUUCUUGAAUCUUUUUAAACAGUCGGGACUCCUACAAGACAUUGCCACUCACUUUACGCCCACCGCAAAUUCCAGGUUGUCGUGCAUCCAAAUAUGUUUAUUUUCAGUAUUUGACAAAUCAAAAGAGGAGCCUAAUUUGAGCCUGAUCGAAUUCAAAAAUAAACUGAGUCGGAUACAAGUUAGCUGAGAUAUUGUGGUUGGCGUAAAGUGGAUGGCAGCGUCUUAUAUGAGUCCCAACUUUACACCCUCAUUAUUAUAUCGUAAUGCGUUUGCUGAGAGAUUUCAUGAUUAUCUUUUGAAACAUUUCACUAUCGGGGCAAUUGAUUUUAAUUUUCACAUAAAAUUAAACCUACUUCAUCGAAAUCGCGCAAUAUCCCACAGGCUAAUGACUGUUUACUUUAAUUAUACUUAUUAUAAUAAAUAUAUUAGUGAAUUUAACUAAUUUACCUUUAUUUUGCUAUCGUGACAACGCACAAAAUCCGUGAAUUGAUAAUUUGUCAACAUUUAUCAGAUAAAUCUUUCAGUUCCAUUCAGCUGUUCACAUUGUUUCUGAUUUGAUGCUAAAGCGAAUAAUAUAAAACUAUAAAAGAUACUAUAAGUGAAAAAUGCGUUUAAUUCGGGCAAAAUCAGGAAGGUGCACAUCGACAGCUAGCGAUAUAACAUUCAUAUAGGUAUGUACAUUAAAACAGGAAUUUCUACUAGUAAUACAUACCUAGAAAAAUGUAUAUAUUAUUCCUCAAAACGCAUGAUUGUUGCAAGAAUUUCAAAUUUCAUAUACGGUCUUGUUCGACUUCUGCGAAUAUUGUUUUCUGUUGCCAUGGCAACAUGUAGGGUGAUAAACAAGAGAAUGACAUAAAAGCGCAAAUUUAAGUCGUUCGUUUAUAAUAUUCAAUGUAGCUUUGUUAUUUCAAGAGCUAGAGUUUUGGUGUCUUCGACAACUUUUCAUAUUUUUGCCUGUUUUACAACUUUGCCCAAGACGCCAAAGCUCUAGGAUGUGAAAUAAAGAAGUUAGAACUGCAGCGCCACCUAUGCGGCGGUUUUACGAACUAAAUUCCAAGCGCAAUUUGAGGCGCAGGUAAAACCCAACAACUUUGCCGAAGACACCAACUUAGUUGCACGUAACCCCAAUGCGCUAGAGGUUUUGUCUUGCUAAUGUCUGUUCCUGGCCCAGUGUGCUAUGUGUAGAUAAAUGGCUUCCUUUCCUAGUCGGAGCAGAGCAUAUCCCUUCAUCGCCAUAUCCGUAUUAGGCGUACGCUGUCUAUUGUUUAUUGUUUGCUAGUUCUACACACAUACACAUCAACAGGCUGGCCGCUGAUUGUAAAGCUAAAGACCAUAUUCUAAGUAACAAUCGUUGGAUGUUUGGAAGAGAGAUGAUUUAAUGUAUAGUUAAUUUUCGCUGAGGUUAAUUUAUUUUUUGAUUGCCACUUUUAGCAAUGGGGCAAGAAUAAAAAAAAAAAACAAAUUGAAAGUGUCGCCAGGCUAAAGUAGAACCAGAACGUUUUGUUUUUAAGAUAGUUUGUUGCGAAUUCGGAAGGGACAACAACUUGUAAAUAGCGAAUCCCAUUGUUGUCCAUCGAUGAACACAGCACAUACAUACAUACACACAUACACACAGCACAUACAUCCAACACAAAUGGAAUACAAAUCACAGACGGGGGCGAAUGAUGAUACGUUUGUAUCAGCAAGUGCCGACAACACGAAAGAAAAGAACUGCUAGGUUAUGUCACACUACAAAGCAUAUUAUUUUGAAUUUUGUUCUUAAAUAGGUAUUAUUAGUCAAAGGGUAUACAGUUUCGGGAGGGACCCCAAACCCGACGAUGAUGGUCGUGGGAAGGUAUGUGUAAUAGUUUGAAAGUAGCACAGGAAACCGAUGUUUGUGUUGAUCGUUUGACGGGCGUAUAAUGUUAGAAGAAAAAAACGACGAGGUUAGGAAACUUUCACACUCCAGCUAAGUCGUUAGAGAUUAAGCAGAAUACUUUUCCCCCUUUGUGAAUCCUUCCGUUUUGGCAAUUACAACAAAAAGAGAGAGAUGGAAGUCCAAAAACAAAACAAAAAUCAAGUCUAUAUUCACUGCCCGUUGUUGUUGAGCCUAGAUUACCGAGAAAACUACUACCUUUCUUCCCACUGAGCCGCGCGCGCAUGAACCGUUCGUCGGUAGAAUUGGCAACGCUGCGCGACCACAAUGUUGCCAGUUAGGUGUAUAGAGUUUAAGGAACCAACAUGCAUCACUGUGUACAGAGCUAUGUAUAACUAGAAAACAGUUAAAAGGAAAUUUUUGUACAAUUUGUGUAACUCUGUUAGUUUAGUUCACGACAUUUCAUGACGAUAGGAUUCAGAACUCAGAAGUUUCACGCAUCGAGAUUUCAUGAAAAAAAAGAGAAGAAGGAUUUUUGCAAGCAACAGACUGCACCACGCCGAAAAGCGAAAUUAUUUCCCAUCCGGUUCCUCAAAAGCUCGAAUCAUCCUUAAGCAAAAAUUUUAACCUUUACAUGCUCAUUCAUUCAUCUCCUUUUUAUAGAAAUCAUAAAUCAAACUUAACCAAUCUAACCCCAGUACUGAAAUCGAAUGAGACAAAAAGUAAAAUCAAUCAUUCUGGAACAGAAAAAAUCGCCAAAAUUAAGCUUUGUAACAUAGAAAGUAUGUAACAAAAAAAAAUCCACAAAAAUUGUCGUACUAGAGUUCCGAAAUCCAUCCCCCUGUUUCCAAGAAGAAGAAAAGAUGAUUGCUCGGACUCGGACCCCCAAGUUUGCCAUAAAAUAAGAGUGGACACGUCAAAAAAAAAAAAAUCGUCGGCAAGGAGUCAAAAGAACAAAAUUAGUGCAACAUUCUCCGUGCGUGUGUGUUUGUAAAAUUAGUUAUUAUUGAAAGAAGAAGAAGAAGAUAGCCACGCAGACACGUUGGGCCAGAGAAAAAGAAAAUGUAUUUAUGAAAAACAAAUGUGUAGGUAUAUGCGGUUUUGGAAGCAGAAAGGGGAAGAAAUAUGAUUUUUUGUUUGAGACGUGGACAUGAUAUGGGGAAGGAGAAAACUGGAUAGAAAAUGUGUAAUUGUCAUGAAGAAGAAGAAAAACAGAUAAAACAAAUGCUAUAAAUAUACAAAACUGGAAAAAAGAAGAAAAACUGGAAACAAUUAUAUAUAUGAAGAAACGGAAAAAAUGUAAUAUUUCACUGUGAAUAUAUAUAUACAUAAUAAAACUGACAAAGGUGAAAAAAUCA